UAAUUAGGUGAACUUCUUUUGGAAGCUGUUAACUUUCAAGGUCUGGCAGGAGUUUCACAUGCUGGCAAGCAGUCCCCUCUGCCUCCCUGUGUGAGGCCUCCGUGUAUAAACACCCUCCGGAGAGCCAGAAGUGAAAAUGUUGAGACUGCUGAGCAGCGAUGACUACGAGGUGGGCACCAGGAUCAAAGGGGUCACUUCACGCACCCUCUUCACGCUGGCCGUUGGGGCAAUCGGAUUUCUGCUCUUAGGAUUCAUCAUAGGAUGGUUUGCAAAAUCCACUGGACAUUCGAGGGCUACUCCAGAAGUACAAAGCAUGAGAAAAGCAUUCUGGGAUGAAAUGAAGGCGGAAAAUAUUAAACAGUAUCUACACAAUUUCACCCAAGUUCCCCACUUAGCCGGUACGGAGGAGAACUUGCUUCUAGCCAAGCAAAUCCAAGCCCAGUGGAGAGAAUACGGACUGGAUAAAGUGGAAUUAGCAUUCUAUGACAUUCUCUUGUCAUACCCAAAUGACACAAAUCCCAACUAUAUCGCCAUUAUUGAUGAACAAGGCGCAGAGUUGGGUACUACGUCUUUGCGUGAGCCUGAUCCUCCUGGAUAUGAGAAUAUCACUAAUGUUGUCCCUCCGUACAAUGCAUAUUCACCUGCUGGAACCCCCGAGGGAGAGCCUGUUUAUGUCAAUUAUGGCCGAAUAGAAGACUUCCACUAUCUGGAAAGAGUCCUAAACAUCAGUGUUCAAGGGAAGAUUGCUAUCGCCAGAUAUGGAAAAAUCUUUCGAGGAAAUAAGGUCAAUAAUGCUGAAAACGCAGGAGCCAUUGGGAUUAUCCUGUUUUCCGACCCAGCCGACUACUGCGCCCCUGGCGUAGAGCCCUAUCCGGAUGGCUGGAACUUGCCAGGCGGAGGGGCCCAGCGAGGGAACGUGCUGAACCUUAAUGGAGCCGGAGACCCUCUAACUCCAGGUUACCCUGCUAAAGAGUACGCCUACAGAUCUUCCGUGAAGGAUGGUGUAGGACUCCCUAAAAUCCCAGUCCACCCUAUAGGGUACAGCGAUGCUGAGAUGCUACUAAGGAACCUGGGAGGAAGCCCAUCUCCAGACCCAGCCUGGAAGGGAGGUCUCAACAUAUCGUACAACAUUGGCCCUGGUUAUUCUGGAAAGAGGUAGUAUGACCAAAUUCACAUCCAUGUGGUCUAACUGGUUGUCUUAAACGAAAUAAGAAGAGUGUAUAAUGUCAUUGGAACCAUCAGAGGAGCCGUGGAGCCAGACAGGUAUGUCAUCCUUGGCGGCCAUAGGGAUUCCUGGGUGUUUGGAGGGAUUGACCCGCAGAGUGGAGCGGCAGUGGUGAACGAGAUCGUCAGAAGUGCGGGGAAAUUGAAAACGCAAGGUUGGAGGCCAAGAAGAACAAUUAUAUUUGCCAGCUGGGAUGCUGAAGAGUUUGGGCUCUUAGGAUCCACGGAAUGGGCAGAGGAAAAUGUAAAAAUUCUAGAAAAGAGGGCAGUGGCUUAUAUAAAUGCUGAUUCUUCUGUGGAAGGUAACUAUACCUUGAGGGUGGAUUGCACGCCUUUACUUUACCAGCUGGUGUAUCAACUGACAAAAGAGAUCUCCAGCCCAGAUGAGGGUUUUGAAGGAAAAUCUCUUUAUGAAAGUUGGCAUCUGAAAGACAACUGGACAGAGUACAAGAAUUCUCCAAGGAUAAAUAAGCUGGGUUCGGGAAACGAUUUCGAAGUAUUUUUCCAGCGGCUUGGCAUUGCUUCAGGAAGAGCUCGGUAUACUAAAAAUAGGAAAGAGGGAAGAUACAGCGGUUAUCCAGUGUAUCACAGUGUGUAUGAGACAUUUGAGAUCGUUGACAGAUUUUAUGACCCACUCUAUAAGAACCACUUGUCAGUGGCUAAAGUACGGGGAGGACUUGUGUUUGAGUUGGCCGACUCUGUCAUUCUGCCUUUUGAUGUUCGAGACUAUGCCGAUGCUAUCAAGAACUAUGCUGACAUCAUAUUCAACAUGGCCAAUAACUCAUCACAAAUGAAAACUUAUAAUGUUUCAUUUGAUCCACUAUUUUCUGCUGUUGUAAACUUCACAAGAACAGCAACACAGUUCAACGAAAGAAUGAGAAACCUUGAUGUGUACAACCCAAUUGCAAUAAGAUCAGUGAAUGAUCAGCUUAUGUUCUUGGAGCGGGCCUUUAUUGAUCCUUUGGGGCUGCCUGGACGUAGAUUCUACAGGUAAGAACUUGC